AGGAGGAGGGGGCGGGCGAGAGGCUGCGGCGGCGAGCGCAGGCCCUGCCCCCGGCCCCGGGCCCUGCCGGUACUCUGAGCCCCGCAGCCGGCAGCAGCCUCUGCGCCGAGCCCUCGUCCGCAGGGCGCUCACCAUGGCAGGAGUGACGCCGUCCCCGGUGGUGCCCGUGGGCUCCCGAGCCGGGCCGAGCCCCCCAGGCAGCGCCGAGCAACCUUACUGCUGCCGCGAGUGCGGCAAAGCCUUCCGCUGGUCCUCGCGCCUGGCGCACCACCAGCGCAGCCACACGGGCGAGCGCCCCUACAAGUGCCCCGAGUGCCCCAAGGCCUUCAAGGGCUCCUCCGCCCUCCUCUACCACCAGCGCGGGCACACGGGCGAGCGGCCCUACGCCUGCCCGCAGUGCCCCAAGGCCUUCAAGCGCUCCUCCCUGCUGCAGACCCACCAGCGGGUGCACACGGGGCUGCGCGCCUUCCAGUGCGCCCACUGCGGCCUCACCUUCAAGUGGGCCUCGCACUACCAGUACCACCUGCGCCAGCACACGGGCGAGCGGCCCUACCGCUGCCCCGCCUGCCCCAAGGCCUUCAAGAACUCCUCCAGCCUACGCCGCCACCGCCACACCCACACAGGCGAGCGGCCCCAUGCCUGCCCCGUCUGCGGCAAGGCCUUCGCCCAGGCCACCAAUCUGCGGCAGCACCAGCGGGUGCACACGGGCGAGCGGCCCUAUGCCUGCCCGCAGUGCGGCAAGGCCUUCACCCACUCCUCCAACCUGCUCCUGCACCGCCGCACCCACACCACUGCCACCGCCACUGCCCAGCCCCAUGAGUGCCCAACCUGCGCCAAGGCCUUUGUGUCCGACACCUGCCUGCAGAAGCACCUCCAGACCCAUGCUGCUGCUGCUGCUGCUGCUGCUGCUGCCACUGCAGUGCCACCGCUGCUGCCACCACCCACCGCGGCAGCACCCAAAGUGCUCUGGAGGUGCUCCAGCUGCCCACUGAGCUUUGCCAGCGAGGAGUUGCUGCUGAGCCAUCAGAGCAGCCACUCGGUGGCAGCAGCAGCAGCGGUGGCAGCGACUCCCUCCUCAGCCUCCCCUCACCGCUGCCCUACCUGCGGCAAGACCUUCAAGAACGGUUCUGGGCUGGCACGGCACCGGCACGGCCACGCUGCUGAGCGGCCCUUCAAGUGCUCCCUCUGCCCCAAGACCUUUGCGCAGCAGGCAGGGCUGCUGGGCCACCAACGCAGCCACCCCACGGCCACCGCUGCCGUCCUGCCCCACGCUGCCCCCGAGCCUACUCACCUGGCGGCCACCUCGCAACCGGCACCGGAGCGCCCCUACCGGUGCACUGAGUGUGGCAAAGCCUUCAAGGGUUCCUCAGGGCUGCGCUACCACAUGCGGGACCACACGGGCGAGCGGCCCUACGCCUGCCCACAGUGCCCCAAGGCCUUCAAGCGCUCCUCCCUGCUGCAGAUCCACCAGCGGGUGCACACGGGGCUGCGCGCCUUCCAGUGCGCCCACUGCGGCCUCACCUUCAAGUGGGCCUCGCACUACCAGUACCACCUGCGCCAGCACACGGGCGAGCGGCCCUACCGCUGCCCCGACUGCCCCAAGGCCUUCAAGAACACCUCCUGCCUGCGCCGCCACCGCCAGCUGCACACGGGCGAGCGGCCCCACGCCUGCCCCGUCUGCGGCAAGGCCUUCGCCCAGACCUCCAACCUGCGGCAGCACCAGCGGGUGCACACGGGCGAGCGGCCCUACGCCUGCCCGCAGUGCGGCAAGGCCUUCACCCACUCCUCCAACCUGCAGCUCCACCGCCGCACCCACUCCGCCACCCGCCCCUACCGCUGCUCGCUCUGCCCCAAGGCCUUCGUCAUGGCCUCCUACCUCCAGCGCCACCUCCGCACCCACACCCCCGCUGCCUCCCGUGGGACCCCUGCCCGGCCUGUUCCGCCUCCUCCUGCCGCCAUUGCCACCACUGCUGCCGCCACCGAAGGCCAAACCUUCCUGCUGGUGCAGACCCCCCAGGGCCUGCAGCUCAUCCCCAGCCCUCCGGCCCCACCCCCCCAGCAGAAGCUCCUGCUGCUGCCCACCCCCACGGCAGAGCCCUCAGCCUUCACCCUGCUUCCCACUGAGGGGCCCACGCCCUGCUUGGGCAAGGGUCCCCAGGUGCCCCCUGCCGCCGGGCAGAGCAUCCUGGUGGUGUCAGGCACAGGGCAGGUGCUGCCGGGGGUCCAGCUGCAGGCAGUGGCAGGGGCCUCGGCAGGGACCAGCCUCAUCGUCCUGAGGGGUGGCAUUGGUGGCGUCGUGCCCCCGCGGGGACCGCAGCCCCCCGAGGUCCAGCUGCAGGCCGCUGAGGUGACCAACGUCCAGCUGCAGGCCUUGCCCCAGCCCUUGGAGGUGACCAACAUCCAGCUGCAGGCCCUGCCCCAGCCCUCCGAGGUCACCAACAUCCAGCUGCAGGCCCUGCCCCAGCCCUUGGAUGUCUCCAACAUCCAGCUGCAGGCCACUGAGGUCACCAACAUCCAGCUGCAGGCCCUGCCACAGCCUUCAGAGGUCUCCAGCAUCCACCUGGAGGCCACAGAGGAGGCAGAUGUCCACCUGGAGGCCACAGAGGUGCCCAGCAUCCAUCUGGAGGCCACAGAAGUGCCCAGGAUUCAUCUUCAGGCCACAGAGGUGGCAGAUGUCCACCUGGAGCCUGCAGAGGUGUCCAGCAUCCACGCUGAGGCCACAGAGGUGGCAGAUGUCCAGCUCGAAGCAACAGAGGUGCCCAGCGUCCAUCUGGAGGCCACAGAGGUGGGAGAUGUCCACCUGGAGGCCACAGAGGUGGGAGAUGUCCAUCUGGAGGCCACGGAGGUGCCCAGCGUCCAUCUAGAGGCAUCGGAGAUGUCAGAAGUCCUCCUGCAGGCCACAGAGGUCCCAGAUGUGCACCUCCGGAGCGCUGCAGUGCCCAACGUCUGCCUGCGGAGUGCUGCAGUGCCCAGCACACAGCUGCAGCCCUCAGCGGGGGCAGAUGUUCACCUGCAGACCACCACUGCAGUGCCCAGUGCCCAGCUGCAGCCCUCAGCGGGGGCAGAUGUUCACCUGCAGACCACCACUGCAGUGCCCAGUGCCCAGCUGCAGCCCCCAGAGGUGGCAGAUGUUCACUUCCAGACCACUGCUGCAGUGCCCAGUGCCCAUCUGCAGCCCCCAGCAGUGGCAGAUGUUCACCUGCAGACCACUGCCAAGGGCCCUGACCUCCAGCUGCAGGCCGUGGAGCUCCCCAGCAUCCACCUCCAGUGUCCAUCUCCAGCUGUGCUGCUGCUGCGGGGGGCCGAGGGGACCCCUGCCCACCUCUGCCUGCAGGCCCUGGCCCAGCUGCCCCCCCCCGGCGCCCCUCAGAUCCUCCUGGUGCAGGGCGAGGUGGUGCCGGGGGGCAGCAGCGGGGGGCAGCCCCACACCCCUGCCCGGGGGGUGAGCGGAGGUGGCAGCGGUGGGGGGGGAGCAGAGUCGGGCCCCCCUGCCCCGGAGCUGCCCACGGUGCCGCUGGUUCACACCUUCUGAGACUGGGCAGGGCCGGGGGGGGACUGCUUCGGGGUCCCCCUGAGACUGCUGCUGUGGAGCCAGAGAUGAGGGUGGGGAGGGGUGGGGGCGGGGCUGGAACCCCAAAGUCCCCCCAGGACCGCCCCAGGACCGCCCCAGGGCUCCCUGAGCGGUGACUGUGCUGCAGCCGGGGGGGGUUGCUGCUGGAGGGCUCUGCCCUGGAGCGCCGCUAGGGGGAGCGCUCUGGGGGUGCCGCUGGCGAGGUCAAUAAACGGUGCCCGCCCCCUCCCCUCCGCUCAGCCAAUCAGCGCUCAGCAGGUUCGCCGGCGGUGGGGGCGUUGCUAGGGGCGGGGCCUCUGCCAGAGGA